AUGGCCCUGUGCCUCACUAGCUGUUCUGUGCCCCUUCGCCGGAACUGCGCCGUUUUUCCGCCGCAUGGCCAGCAGUCGUGGAUGAACAUGGUCGCCUUCAGGGCUGCUGGUGGUCGCAAACCCAGUGCGCGUCAGUUCUCGAAAUCAUGGAAACAAUACAACAACAAUAAUAACCAGGAGCAUCCGAGCCCCAAGGGCUUCUUCGGCUCUCGACUCCGCUUCGCUUUACGGAAUACCAAGGUUGAAUGGUACCCUAUCCCCGUGGGGCUCGGAAUCGGCCUCCUCGGUCUCCUGCAGUUCUACAAGUCCCAACGUGCUGAACGCGAGCGGAUCGCCAGAGAAGCGGAGGAAGAGUCCUUCGACUUCGCGAAACCCCCUCCCCGUCAUCGUAUUAGACCCAGCGGACCAUGGCAGGUUCAAAUUAUGUCCACCCUGCCCCUCAAGGCAAUCUCGCGUCUAUGGGGUCGCUUUAAUGAGCUGGAGCUCCCCGUGUGUCUGCGGGCUCCGGGGUUCAAACUGUACUCGUGGGCCUUUGGAGUCAACCUGGAUGAAGUUGCUGAGCCAGAUCUUCGCGCCUACCCGAACCUUGCCGCCUUUUUCUAUCGCAAACUCAAGCCCGGCGUCCGACCACUCGAUCCUGACCCGCAUGCGGUCCUCUCCCCAUCCGACGGCCGUAUCCUUCAGUUUGGAUUGAUUGAGCGAGGCGAGGUGGAACAGGUCAAGGGUGUGACAUACAGUCUGGAUGCCCUGUUGGGCUCAGCUACCCCGACCACCGCCGAUCACAGCAAGAAGUUCACCGACCACCAAAUGGAACCAUCGCAAAAGGAUGCGGCGAACAUGAAUGCUCAUGAGGAGUUCGCCCGAAUGAAUGGUAUUUCAUACACUCUGCCCACCCUCUUUGCAGGAGAUGAAGGAGGUGCCCGCCGACGAUCCGCCUCUCUGGAUGCGUCUACACAGUCGAAACCCUCUGCAGAAGCUGAAGUGAAGGCGGACCUGGCCCGGGGUGAUGGAACACCCUGGUAUGCGCCCAAGCCGACGUCCAAUAACGCUCUCUACUACGUUGUGAUCUACUUGGCCCCGGGUGAUUACCAUCGAUUCCAUUCCCCCGUGCCCUGGGUUGUCGAAAGCCGUCGGCAUUUUGCCGGAGAGCUCUUCUCCGUGUCGCCGUAUCUUCAACGCCAUCUCCCAGGCUUGUUCACGCUGAAUGAGCGAGUGGUUCUCUUGGGACGGUGGCGGUGGGGAUUCUUCAGUUAUACUCCCGUCGGAGCCACCAAUGUCGGCUCGAUCAAGGUCAACUUCGACGCUGAGUUGCGCACCAAUAGCCUUACCACCGAUACUGCCGCCGACAUGGCUGCCCACCUUGCCGCGAAACGAGGCGAGCAGUAUCCGGGAUUCGUUGAAGCAACCUACCUCCACGCCAGCCGGACGCUUGGAGGACACCCGCUGCAACGGGGUGAGGAGAUGGGCGGAUUCCAACUCGGAAGCUCGAUCGUGCUUGUCUUCGAGGCCCCCAUGGGUACACGGAAAUCCUUUGAUGCGGGGUGGGAGGAAGGCAAGCGUGAAGGUGGUUGGAACUGGAGCAUUGAGAAGGGUCAACGCAUCAAGGUUGGCCAGAAGUUGGGAUAUGUGGAUAUCAAGGAGUAG